CCUGCGUAUGCCCGGAGCCUGCUGGAGUCAUCUACACAGAGGAAGCAGAAAGGACACUGUCCCCAGCCUGCUGGAGAGCAGACCUGCCACCUUCCCGGCUCCCAGCUGAAGCCUGGCCAGGGACGAGCGGGUGAGAAACCAGCAAAGCCAGGAUCAGAUUGCAGCAGGCUCCUCCUCCAGAGACUACAGAGAGGGAAGGAGAGGCGGGGAGCUGGAGCCAGCAACUCCAGGCUGCCUACCUGCACCUUGCCAGGCAGGCUGGGGACCGCGCAGGGGACCAGCAUCUUCUCAUCCCACAUCCCAUGGGCUGUGCGGGCUACCCCGGGCACAUCCCCGCACCGCUGCCCACCUCCUGCCCGGCAUGGAGAGCCUGAGCUCCAGCCUGAAGAAGAAAGCCACGGAGCAGCACUACAGGGCCGAGGUGAUGAUUGCUGGAGAGCAGCUGAGCCUGGCAGAUAAGGAGUUAGUGAUAGGAGUCUUCCUAGGGUCUGGAUGCCCAACAGGCAGCAAUGGGGAAACUGAGGCAGAGAGGCUGGAUGAUGUCUCAGUCUGCGACGAGCACUCGGACUACAAGGACGCCAAGCUGCUGUACCGCUUCCGCAAGGACGACGGGACCUUCCCUCUCAGUAAGGACGUGAAGGUGUUCAUGAGAGGGCAGAGUCUUUACGAGAAGCUGGUGAGCGUGGAGGAGUCAAUUCUGAAGGUGAGAGAGGAGAAUUCGGUGAAGUACCAGAGGACUUUCUUGGGCUGCGAGAUGGUCGACUGGCUCGUUCAGGAGGGAGAAGCGGAGAACCGAAAGGAAGCAGUGGAGCUGGGACGGGCGCUGCUGGAGCAUGGGAUCGUUCAGCACGUCUCCAAUAGGUAUCACUUCUUUGACAGUGACAUCCUCUACCAAUUCUGGAUCAACUUUCGCCGGAGGUGCCGUCUCACAGAGUUACUCAAUGAGAACUCUUCUCGCGCCCUCUCGGAGAGCCCGGACAGUCCCUUCUGUCUUCGCAAGCUCAAUCCGGACCCAGGCAACACCAGCUUUCUCUCUGUCCAGACCAACAAGGAGAUCAAAAUUGUCUCAGCGGUUCGAAGGAGCAGCAUCACUUCCCUUGCUGGAAACUCCAACCCCUACUUCAGCACUACUCCUGCGCUUGUAUUCCCUCCUGUGGCUGAGUGCAACCCCAAAUCAGUGUUAAGGAGACCCGUCACCAACGAAGAGCUCCUGUCCCCUGGGGCCCCUUACGUCAAGAAAACACUAACUAUUGUGGGGGAUGCAGUGGGCUGGGGGUUUGUGGUCCGGGGAGGACGACCUUGUCACAUCCAGGCAGUGGACCCAGGAGGACCCGCUGCUGCGGCAGGGAUGAAGGUGUGCCAGUUUGUUUUCUCAGUGAAUGGUGUGUAUGUUUUGCAUCUGGACUAUCAAACCAUCAGCAGCCUCAUCAUGACAGGACCACGAACUCUCGUGAUGGAAGUCAUGGAAUCCGUUGAAUGAACAAAGGAGUCUUCAUCCCACGGCUGUUUGGAAAGGCAGGACACUCCACUCAGCAAGGACGGACUGUGGGGAGGGACCAAGCUUGACCAUUCACUGUGAAAUGUUAACCAGGCGUUUUAAUAUAUUUUCAAAUAAAUACAUUCUAAUG